AUGCGUAGGAGCACAUUAUCGUAUUUAGCAUCCGGAACACUACAACAAACACCGUAUAUUUUUGCAUCAUAUGGUUCAUUGGUUCGAGAAAAAAUUGAUCCAUUCCAUUCCUUGCCAACUUAUGACUUUUCAAUUAAUCAACAACAACAACAACAACAUCAACAACAUUAUUUCGAUCCAUUGCAAGAAAUUGUUGAAUCAGAAAAUGUAAAUUUUGAAAAUGGUUAUUCUUUAAAAGUGGUAACAGAAAAUUUAUUGGAUCGAUUUGAAGCAACACUUUCGCAAGAAUAUUCAUUGCCACGUGCUCGAGGUCAUAUACCGGAUUGGGCAAUGAUUGUAUUCAUCAUUUGUGUUUUGCUUUGUCUAUUGAUGACAAUUGGGUAA